UAUACUUUUAUAUAUCAUACAUCAAACGUUUCCUUGAGACAGUAGGAAUAGUGAUUUCCUUCAGCCGGUGAUGCUAACGUGCGCAGCCCCCCCUUUUUCUCCACUCUCUCUCUUAGAAGAUUUCACUCACGCGACCUAAGGAACAACAGCUUCAACAUUCAGGUGUGGAAAGUGUUGAGUUUAGCAUAAUUGGAUGUUUUUUUAGUUACUGGAAACUGAAAUAGUAUUGUGGAAUUGUUUGCAUUGGUUCAAAGGGAGAAGAUUUGUGUUUUAGGAUAUGAAUGUUGUUGUUGUGUUUAUGAAAUUGGGGUUUGUUUGGAUGAUUCAGUAAUCUGGAAGAGUUGUAUUUGUAUGUUGUAUGUGAGAAGGAUUUUUUGCUAGGGUUAUAUGUGGAGGGAGGAAGUGUAAGCUUAUUGAUACCCUAAGGAUUUGUGAAAUUUGGAUUUGUUUUGCUGAUUUAGUGUUUGGAAGGGUUGUCUGUUAUAUGUGGAGGGAGGAGGUGCAAGUAUAAAUUGAUAACCCUAAUAAGGGUUUGCUAGAUAUGGGGGAGGAAGAGAAUGUUAAGUUAGGGUUGGAGAGAGGAACUAAGAAGCGGAUUGAGAUGAAGUUUGAUUCAGGAGAUGAUGAGCCUAUUGGGUCUUUGUUGAAGUUAAAAAGCAAAAAACACUCGAAGAAAGCGAAGGUGGAUUUAGGUGGUAGUAAGGAUGUAAUUCAGAAAACCGUGGUUAAGGGUGAAGAUUUGGUUGGCAUGGAUGAUACAUUAGCUAGUUUUAGGAAGAAAUUGAGGGGUCCGAAGAAGAAUAGUGGAUCUGUGUCAACAAUUGUUAAAAGUUCAAGUAGCAAUGCCAGUAAGUUAACUGGGGAAUCUCCAGAUGGGUCUGUGAAGGUAGCGGCAAAAAUUGUGGAAAUGAGUCUGUCAGAUGUUGAAUGUCUAUCUGAAGGGAUAAUUGAUAAGGGUUUCGAGAAAGGGAAUAAGAGAAAAGGUAAGAGACCAAAGGUUUCUUCGGAGCUGAAGAAAGUGGAGAUAUCUGGGGAUAUGUCCUUGCAAAAUGAUAAAGAGUGUGGAAAAAGCUCUCCGAAUUGCAUGGAUGGAAUUCUAGAAGAUUCACUAUCAGCUUUUCUGAAGAAAGCACAAUCUGGUUUUAUUAAGAAAUCACAUAGCUCUUUGCAGUUGAAAAGAGGGAAGGAAAGUGAAGUUUUAUGUGAUGUUUUGAACUCUAGCCCUACUGCAACCGAAAUCUUUCCUUCCAUAUCCACAAAUAUGUGCCAGAAAUUGGGUGAGGAAAUUCCUGAAUCCAAUGAGGAUGUGCAUGUGUCACUUGAUGGAGGUUCAGUCGAUAUGCACUUGUCUGAAAAUAAAGAAUUUGUGCAAUUCAUUCAAUCACAAUCUGAUUCAAGGCCAGAGCUUUCUUUGUCUGCAUUGAACAAUGUUGAGUUGUUGAAAUCAAGCAUCGCCAUAGAUGAUGCAUCUUCCAUUGAAGGAUCUCAAUUAGAUGUACCAGCAUGUUUUAAUAAGAUCGCAGGUGUCCUAGAUGGUGAGGUCAAAUGUCACAGUAAACUUAGUGAGGAGGGAACUGCCACAACAAAUAAUAUUGUGGGUGGAAAUUGCAAAGAUCUUCAUGAUGAGGAUGUCAUGAAGAACUGUUCUACUUUUCAUGAACAGUCUGCUUCCAAGGAUGGUUUUAGUGAUCGUCCAAUGGCAACAGGUCGUGAUGUUUCGUCUGCAGAUACCAUUACUCCUGAGAAUGUUGAGAUGCUUGAGCAUCCCAUGAUAAAAACCAAAUUCAAUGCUGAUAUGGAUGUGAACUCAAAUGCAAUUUUAAGCAGCCGAGAAACUCAUGUAGAUGAUCAAAUGUGCUCUUCAAAUCGAGCAGAUGAUUCAGGUUCUUGUAGAAGUGUUCAGUUAUUGAACAAACUUGAUCAUACAUCUCAAGGAAGCAUUGGAAAUGUGUUUAGUCGAACUUUGAUUUCGUCCACUUCCCGGUUGGAAGGUUCAACUGCAGCCAAGGAGAACACAGACAUGGAAGGUUCUGGGUAUGCUCAAGUUCGUUUGAUGCCUGAUUUUAUUGCAGCAGAGAAGUGUUCAAGUGACUUUGAUGAUCAGCAGCGAAUUUCUGUUGAUUCUGUUUAUGAGCAAGCUUGUGCUCCAGUUUCUUUGCCAAAGGAGGAUGGUCAAGUGUUUGUGGGUGGGUCAUCUCCAGUGUCUAUAGGAAGGAGUCAGCAAGUUAAUGUCAGCCAGAUGAAGCAGGAGGACCAAAUCAUGGAGAAUAGUAAUGACUUAUAUGGUUCUUCCAAACAAAUGACUAUUGAUAAUGCUGCUAUCUCAUUGCGCAAAUGCAGUUCGGUUUUCCAUCAGAGUGAACUGGCUGAUGAGAAUUGUGAAGGUUCACAUCAUCAAAGUCGUGUCUUUGUUUCUGGAGAUGAUGAGGCUGAUGCAUCUUCUCCGUCAAUUACACCAGAAUGUGAUGAAAGUGUUGCUGAAGAGACUGAGUCUAAGCUGGCAGCUGAAGAAAAAGAGCAGAGACUCUUUUCAGGUCAACGUGCUUCACGCAAGACUAAAAAGCGUAGGCACGGGGAUAUGGCCUAUGAGGGGGAUGUGGAUUGGGACGUUUUGGUGCAUGGGCAAGAUUUUUUUUUAAGUCAUCAAGAUGGAGAGGGUAGACAUGACUUCAAAACAAGAGAGAAGCUUGACUCGUCGUUGAUAGUUAUGGAUACUGAAAAUGGCGGGGUAGCAGCAGUAUCUGUUGGACUUAAAGCUCGUGAAGUUGGCCCAGUAGAAAGAAUCAAAUUUAAGGAGGUCCUGAAGCGCAGAGUUGGACUCCUAGAAUUUCUGGAAUGCAGGAAUCAAAUUUUGAGCCUUUGGAAUAAAGACAUCAGUCGCGUCUUGCCACUUUCAGAAUGUGGAGUGUCUGAAACCCCUUUAGCGGAUGAGUCACCUCGGGCUUCUUUAAUUAGGCAAAUCUACUCAUUUCUUGAUCAAUGUGGCUACAUAAAUUUUGGAAUUGCUUCUGAAAAGGAUAAAGCUGAAAAUGGUGUUGAACACAACUUGAAAAUUUUGAAGGAAGAAAAGACUAUAGAAAAGUCUGGAGCUUCUGUUGCUGAUAGAGACGAUGGAGUUUCUUUUAUUCUUGGGAGGUCAAAGAGUUCUGAGAUUAUCAUGCCGGAGAAGAAUGAUGUCUUAUCUGAUGAAGGGAAAAAGACAGAAAAAUGUGGAGCUGAUUGCCAGCUCAUUGAUAGGCGGGCCAUAGAGUUACCGGCUUUAGCAGAGCCUCGAGAAUGUCCUGUUGAUGAUUGCCGUGUAAAUGGUUAUCCUGAUAUUCAGUCACCACGUCAACCGUUUGAUCUAGGUUUAGUUGCUCAAGUGCCUUCAAGUGAAGUUAAGGAUAGUGAAUUACAGAAUAUUGUAGAUCCAGAUCUUUUGCCUCCCAACAAUACAGAGAUUGAUGUUAGAGCUGCCGAUAAACAUCUUCUGAUUUCAGAAGAUUCUUGUGGGUUCACACCUGACUCAUUAGGGAGUCAAAGGCUAAACACGUGCUGUGAUGCAAAAGGGAAAAAAGAAAUAAUUGUUGUUGGUGCUGGUCCUGCUGGCCUAACUGCAGCACGGCACCUGAAGCGCCAAGGUUUUCAUGUCACCGUGCUCGAGGCCAGAAGUAGAAUAGGUGGUCGUGUUUUUACCGAUCGCUUGUCUCUCUCUGUUCCAGUGGACCUUGGUGCUAGCAUUAUUACUGGUAUUGAGGCAGAUGUGGCAACUGAAAGAAGACCAGAUCCUUCUUCAUUGAUUUGUGCACAGUUGGGUCUUGAAUUGACUGUAUUGAACAGUGAUUGUCCCCUGUACGAUGUAGCUACUGGCCAGAAAGUACCAGCAGAUCUGGAUGAAGCAUUGGAAGCGGAAUUCAAUAGCUUAUUGGAUGACAUGGUACUGUUGGUUGCUCAAAAAGGGGAGCAUGCGAUGCGGAUGUCCCUGGAGGAUGGUUUAGAAUAUGCCCUUAAGAAGCGCCAGAAGGCCCGUUCCGCAAGAAAUCAUAUGGGUAAUGAACCACAAAAAUCAUCAGUGACAGCAGUGGAAUCCACGGCACUUUCUGAUGGUGGAGUUCCUCAAAAUAAUAAUUCUAAGGUAGAGAUCUUGAGUCCCCCAGAGAGGAGGGUAAUGGAUUGGCAUUUUGCUAACUUGGAGUAUGGUUGUGCUGCAUUGCUUAAAGAAGUCUCUCUUCCUUAUUGGAAUCAGGAUGAUGCAUAUGGAGGUUUUGGUGGAGCUCAUUGUAUGAUUAAAGGCGGCUACAGCUCCGUUGUAGAAGCACUAGGUGAGGAACUUUGUGUUCACUUGAACCACAUUGUUACUGAUAUUUCAUAUUGCAAAGAAGAUGUUCCAUCAAAAAAUGAUUUGUUUAACAAGGUAAAAGUCUCCACGACAAAUGGACGAGAGUUUUCUGGAGAUGCAGUCCUUAUUACAGUUCCAUUAGGGUGUCUUAAGGCGGAAGCCAUCAAAUUUUCACCACCUUUACCCCACUGGAAAGAUUUAUCUAUCCAACGGCUUGGCUUUGGUGUUCUUAAUAAAGUUGUCUUGGAGUUUCCUGAAGUAUUUUGGGAUGAUUCUAUUGAUUACUUUGGUGCGACUGCUGAAGAUACAGACGAGAGGGGCAGAUGCUUUAUGUUCUGGAAUGUCAAGAAAACUGUUGGGGCACCUGUUCUUAUAGCGUUAGUGGUUGGAAAAGCUGCUAUAGAUGGCCAGGAAAUGAGCUCCGAUGACCAUGUAAAGCAUUCGUUACUGGUUCUGCGGAAGCUUUAUGGUGAGGAAAAGGUACCUGAUCCAGUUGCUUCAGUGGUCACCAACUGGGGAAAAGAUCCUUAUAGCUAUGGGGCUUACUCUUAUGUGGCUGUAGGGUCAUCGGGAGAAGAUUAUGACAUAUUGGGCCGGCCUGUGGAGAACUGUUUAUUUUUUGCAGGUGAAGCUACCUGCAAGGAGCACCCUGACACGGUUGGUGGUGCAAUGAUGAGUGGGUUACGGGAAGCUGUGCGCAUAAUUGACAUAUUGACUACAGGCACUGAUUACACAGCAGAAGUAGAGGCAAUUGAGGAUGCAAAGAGGCAUUCAGAUGUUGAAAGGAGUGAAAUAAGGGACAUUAUGAAGAGACUUGAAGCAGUGGAGCUCUCAAGUGUUUUGUGCAAGGAGUCUUUGGAUGGGGUGAAGAUCGUGACCCGGGAGAAUUUGCUAAGGGACAUGUUCUGUAAGGCCAAUACAACAGCAGGAAGAUUGCAUCUCGCAAAAGAAUUGUUGAAACUUCCGGUAGAAGUUUUGAGAUCUUUUGCUGGAACUAAAGAAGGGCUUAGCACACUUAAUUUGUGGAUGCUGGACUCCAUGGGAAAGGAUGGGACCCAACUCUUGCGUCAUUGUGUUCGUGUACUAGUACUGGUUUCAACUGAUUUGCUUGCAGUCCGACUGUCAGGCAUUGGGAAAACGGUUAAAGAAAAAGUCUGUGUGCAUACUAGCCGUGACAUACGUGCUGUAGCAAGUCAGCUUGUCAAUGUAUGGAUAGAACUUUUUCGAAAGGAGAAGGCUGCUAAUGGUGGUCUGAAAUUACUAAGACAAUCCACUGCCACUGAUACUUUGAAGAGCAAACACAUUGCAGCACCUGGCAAACCACCUAUUCGCAAUCAUCCUUCAGCAGUAGACAGUAAACGGAGUUCUAAAGUUUCUUCAUCGGCUGGAAAUCACUUAGCUGUUAGUGUCAACAACAAGAAGCUGAAUGUCAGGCCAGCCACAUUAGGAACUAUUCCAGUUGUUGAACCAUCAACCUCUCAAGCUUCAGUAGGAAGGCAAAAUGAUACCACUAAGGAAAGGCAAAAUUUCCCCAUGUCUGAGGAAGAGAAGGCUGCGUUUGCUGCUGCAGAAGCUGCUCGCCUUGCCGCUCUAGCAGCUGCUGAGGCUUAUGCUUCAUCUGGUGCCAAGUGUAACAUGCCACUGCAGCUUCCUAAGAUACCCUCAUUUCACAAAUUUGCUCGACGGGAACAAUAUGCAAAUAUGGAUGAGUCUGACAUCAGAAGGAAUUGGCCUGGCGGUGUGGGAGGAAGGCAAGAUUGUUUAUCCGAAAUUGAUUCUCGCAACUGCCGGGUGAGGGAUUGGUCUGUUGAUUUUUCUGCUGCUGGUGUGAACCUUGACAGUUCAAAAAUGUCUGUUGAUAAUCGCUCACAGCGUAGCCUCUCAAAUGACAAUGCAUGUCAGUUUAACUUUAAGGAGCACUCUGGAGAAAGUGCACCUGUAGAUAGUAGUAUAUUCACCAAAGCAUGGGUUGAUAGCUCAAAUAGUGUAGGGAUAAAGGAUUACAAUGCCAUUGAAAUGUGGCAAUGUCAAGCAGCUGCUGCUAAUUCAGAUUUCUAUGAUCCAGUGAUGCAUGUCACUGAUGAAGAGGAUUCAAACGUGAGUUCCAAAAUGGAUAUGAGAAAGCAUGAUGUGUUAGUGUGUGAAAGCUCUGCCUCACAAAUUACUGUAAAUAAAGAGGCACUAGAUAAUCAACCGAGAGGAGCAGAAAGAAUUAAGCUGGCUGUUGUAGAUUAUGUUGCGUCUUUGCUGAUGCCUCUUUAUAAAGCAAGGAAACUUGACAGGGAGGGGUAUAAAUCCAUAAUGAAGAAAACUGCUACAAAGGUAAUGGAACAUGCCACAGAUGCUGAAAAGGCCAUGCUUGUGUACGAGUUUCUUGAUUUCAAACGUAAAAACAAGAUUAGAGAUUUCGUGGACAAGUUGAUUGAAAGGCAUAUUCAGAUGAAGCCGGGUGCAAAAUCAUAAUGGACAAAGGAUGAGCAGUCACUCUUAUUGAUGCUUUACCGCAGGGUGAUUAGUCUCAUCAACUUUUUCAUGAGUGGGUGCAACAAUCAUCGACGAGUGAGGAAUGCAGGCUUCAUUGAACAAUUAUCCUUGCCAAGCUAGUUGUUGUCUUCAGAGACUGUUUUGUUGAGCGUAUCAUGGACUGUUUAUUGUAAGAGACUGAUUAAUUGUCCUGCAAAUUUGAGACUUUUGACAUUUCUGUUGCGGUGUGUCUGCAAGAAACAUUCUCAAGGUGGCAAAGUCGGUGAAAACAUGUCUGUCAUGUGAAUGUUAUACUACUACUCCUGCUGACUGAUGUGAAUUCCUUCAGAGAUAGCAAGAUUAGGUUUAGAAUUGGUAGUCAGAUUUGAAGUUGUAUUAUAUAGAAGAAAAGUAGCCCUUUGUUUCUUUCAGUUCAGGAUUCCCCUUUGAUGAACAAUCACUUCUGACUUUUCUUUAGUUUUGGUAUGUGUACAGCUCAGGAUUGUUAUCAUUGGAACAAAUACACAGAACAUUUUGAGGGUGUCAUAUGCUUCCUUCAUUUUGAAAUAUUGAUUUCUCAGAAUAAGUAAAAACAAAACCCUCCUUCUAUCUCCCCUCUUAAAGAUUUUUUUUCUUAUAGUGUAGAUGAAAUCUCUUAGAUAUGCUAUAUUGAAUUUCUUUCUAUGAUCUGUGGACUGCUCCACUCAAUCAAAGAGAACAUUGUUGAGAUGUGUGCUUUUGGCGAUUGUGUCCAAGUGGCUUGAUCUUUGUUCAUGAGGUUUCUUAAUCCCUAUGCACUACCCAGUGAAGAAGGCCAAAAGAAGAGGGAGCAAAGGGAGUACAUAAGUGAGUUUUCUAGAUCGCCUUCUCCAUCCCCCCCAAGUGAGGAAUGAUCUUUAUUCUCUCUGAAGGUGUGUGCGAAUUUUCUGGGUAGUACAUGCCAUUUUUAUGUUGAAAGUGAGGUGAUUGUUGCCCCGUGUACUCACAUUCUUUCAAGGGAUAAGUUUGUCAAAGACAUUUUCAUUCUGCACUAGAAGUUUGCAAUUGAUGAAAAGAUGCAUGCUAUAGAAUUUUAUGCAUAACACUAGUAAUCUGUUGAUUUCUCACAUGCGUUAUCUGAUCUUAUAUAUUUCCUUUAUUGUCAGGUUAAGCAUAUAGCUGAGAGCUGAGAGACGCAGCAGGAGGAGAGUCUUCUCUUUGGACUACUUGCUAUUUCCAGUCCUUACAGGUUGCUUUUCUUGAUUUCACUCUGCCUUCCUAUUUACUUUUGAGGGCCUGCUUUUAUUUUGGUAUUACCAAUUAGAAAUUGUGGUCAUUUUUCCUCUUAUUGUCUCACUCUGUUUCUCUUAAGUUUUCAAGGAGAUGGGUCUAUCCAUCAGGCUAGUAGUAUACCCUCGGUUUGAGGUUGGUGAAAUUUGAUCGUAUACAGUUCUGCAGAAACAUAUAACUUAUCAUAUUGAACAUCUUGGAAUGGAGUACCGGUACCGGUAGUAUGUGUACUACUGGCAGUAGAUACAGAUGAAAAUAUCAGCUAUGCUGUUCAGUGCAGAAUGAUGUUGAAAUGGGGAAGAGGUUCUUGAUCGGAUUGCUAACGUCCAAUCAAAAUCUCUCAUUUUCCUCAUGUUCAAUGCAGUAGAUAAAGAUGGAAAUAUAAGUCAUCUGAUGUUCAGGUCAGGCAGCCAUACAAAGAGGAAGCCUGAAAUUCUUUAGGCCAGUGAUCAUUGUUCAUUUUACUGGCCAAUUGUAGUGGACUUUAUAGUCUUUUAAUUAGCCAAAUAUGUUUGUUCUGAUUCUCUUUGCAGAAGUAACUAUUUCCACUUCCAUUAUUUAGUUCAAUGUCAGAUUUCAAUGUGCUAGGAUGGAAGUCAUAUACAUAACAGCUUUUACAUAAUUCCCUUGGCAUGUAGUAACUUGUUGAUGCAUGAUUGUGAUUUCUGUGCUUAUUUGUGCCCUGGAGAGCACUGCAGUUCAUAACGUCACCUCCUACAUCUGUUGUCUGCCUCGAUCUACUGAGAAGUGCACACAAGAUCUUCUAUGUGCAUUUAGUUCCUGUUUACUGUCACAGCGCACAAGCACUUGCUUGCCAGUAAGAUUUCUGUUACAAGAUAAUUGAUGAUUUGCAGCUGUUGAUUCAUCAUUGCAGUUGCCUCUACCGAUUUCAUGGUUUUAUCUCCCUUCCUCCCCUGAUAUUUUCCCCUAUUAUCUUUGUUUAAUGUUGCUUAAAUGCUUAACAGUGCCUUGUCUUUCUGAUUUUGACAGCGUACACUAAUCAUAUGAUUAUGGUAAUCAAUGUUGAAGAUUGCAGCUGAGAAGCAACCGUUCCUUAUGAGGCUUAAACGUGGUCGCUGAAGUUGAAAUGCCAGUGCUUCUUGUUAAGUAGUCUGCCCAGUGGCCUUGUGUGUAAAAAAUUUAUGGUACGACCUAUAUGCCAUUUUAGUGUUUUAGAUUUCGUGCACAAAUACGCAGUACGAGUCGAGUAUGCAUACUUAAAGACAAUUGUUCCUUCGCUUC